AUGGCAAGUAAAUUAAAAAUAGGAUUAAUAGGAGAUGUUGGUGUUGGGAAGACAGCAUUACUCCAGCGGUUUUGCUUUGGGACGUACAUCGACGAAUACGACGCUACAAUUGGGAUUGAAACUUGUGACAAAAGUGUGAAUGUGGAUGGUAAAUUGUAUCAACUUCAACUCUGGGACACAGCUGGUCAAGAGAAGUAUCACUCCCUUGUUCGUCUCUAUUUCAAAGACAUUAAAGGCGUCUUACUUGUCUUUCAAAUCGACCGACAAGAAAGUUUCGAUCAUUGCAAGGACUGGCUCGACUUGUUUUAUGGGAGCAUUUCUUCGGGAUUCACUCCACCAAUUCUUCUUGUUGGAAACAAGUCCGACUUGAUUGGGACUUCAACGCGAGUGCCAAAGGAGCUUAUAGAGAAAUUUGUGACGGAAAACAACAUUGAGUAUAUAGAGACAAGUAGUAAAGCCAACACUAAUGUCCAAGAAGCAUUUUCACAGUUAUUAAAAGCUAUAAUUAAUUUGAAACCAAUAUUUGUAGAUCCAGGAGAAGACGAAGUGAAAAUCACACAAACGAGUGAAGAGACGGACGGCGGAUGUUUUUGUUAA